GUGACCUGCUCCAGCUCUGAUCCUCCAUAAAGCUGAACUGAGCUCUAUGAGCUAUACACUCCCCCUGGCUCUCCUUGGAUUUAACUCUGGAUUUCUAACCUGUGACUCAAUUCACUGACCGAGAGGUGAAAGAGGCCGACACAAAGACAGCCGGUCAGUCAGUGGAGCGCUGAUACUGCUCGCUGUGGACUGACUUGACAUUUCUACCGGAUUAAUACUUAGAUUCUCUCUUUGUUUGUUCGUUUGUUUUUUUAAUCCGAUUAAAGCGGUACCUAACAGGACUUGUGGGAAAUGUAUUCUUUAAGGAGUGUAAGGAGACACACUGCUUUGGGCGCUUUGCUAUUGAUCCUCUGUGCUCCUGGAAAAGUGGCGGGUGGCUGUUCCGGGCCGUGCUCCUGCCCCCCGUCCCCUCCCUCCUGUCCGCUGGGAGUGAGCUGGGUGCUGGAUGAGUGCGGCUGUUGUAAAGUGUGCGCGCAGCAGUUUAACCAGGACUGCGGCCCAGACAAACCCUGUGACCACAUCAAGGGCCUGCGCUGCCACCUAGGGGCCGGAGGAGACCCGCAGCGAGGCCUGUGCAGAGCUGAUGCCCAGGGUCGUCCGUGUGAGUUCGGCGGCCGCGUGUUUCAACACGGUGAGGACUUCCAGCCCAGCUGUGAGCACCAGUGCAGCUGUAUGGAUGGUGUGGUGGGCUGCAUGCCCCUCUGCCCCCACCACCUGCCCCUUCCUGUUGGGCACUGCGCCAACCCACACCUUCGCACACCGCCUGGACGCUGCUGUCAGGAAUGGGUGUGUGACGAUGACAACCACAUCAGCGAAGACCCCCACUAUACCCAACACUCACAACACCACACCAACCAUAUCAGUAAACUGCUGCAGGCACCCAGCGGCAACCAGGCCAGAGGAGAACGUUUCCAAGAGUGGGCAUCACUGCCUGUCCCUUUCUCCGAGUGCUUCCCACAGACCACAGAGUGGACCCAGUGCUCCUCCUCCUGUGGCUUUGGCAUCUCCAGCCGUGUGACCAACAGAAACCCGCAGUGCAAACUCGUCCGAGAGACGCGCCUUUGCCAGAUUCGAGAGUGUGACAUCACUCCAACUGUCAGGAAAGGUAAGGAAUGCAGACGAACAGUGAAGUCCCGAGAGCCAGAGCAGGUCACUUUUGCAGGCUGCAGCACGAUCAAGCUCUACAGGCUGCGGACGUGUGGCUCCUGUGUGGAUGGCCGGUGCUGCAGGCCAUCACAGACCCGUACGGUCCACCUACGCUUUCAGUGCCCCGACGGAGAAAGCAUUACACGCAGCAUCAUGUGGAUCCAGCGCUGCCGCUGCAGGAAGAGCUACUGUAGCAUGGACAUAGACAGCUCUGCUCCUGCGGUCAGCCUGCACAACGACAUACACACCUUCUCACCCUGAAUAUACAGAGAGUCUGGCAAAAACUGGAAUUUACACAAUUUUCCCUUUUCCCCAAUGUAAUCAAUCAUUUUUUGGGUCUGGAGUUUGCUUCUUUAGGUUUUCAGUGGAGCUACUAGGCUAAUGUAGCUAACAAGUAAUGGGAGCAGGAUUCACAGUUUUGUGUCCUUUCUGUGUUGCCGUCCAUUAAACCCCUUAAAAAGCUCAGGGCCCACCAGUGGGUUUUAUUACACACCAGUUUGCAUUGAAGUGACUGUAGUUACUGAAUAAUAAGCCUUAAUUAUUAAUUUAACAGAGCUGCGAUUUUGAUGCGUAAAUUUCUUUCACUACAAUACCCAGCAUGCAUUGCAGAAAAACAUCAUACGACCAAUGGGAAUUUGAUAAAAAGGCACUGAUAUGGAGGUUAACGGAUUCAGAAGCUAGUCCUAAUGCUAGCUAUAUGGAAAAAAGCAGCCUGCCUUUAAAGCUAAAAUUGCUUACAGUCUUUCAAUAAUUCCUCCCACCUUCAAAACACAUCAUCAGAAGGGGGAGUUAAGUAUUUAUACUGUGAAAUCUCCCACUAGAGUUGACAGCUGUAUGAAGAAAAUAGGCAUCUUUACAGCAGAUACAGCAACGGUGAAAUCUUUCACACUGGCCAGAGUGACCCUUUAACACUUAAAUAGUCCUGUUUGUGUUCGUCCUCACACUGUAUGACGUACUCUUAUCUUAAAAAAUGGACAGUAUGGUAAAAGAUAUGAGCAUCUACUACUGUUUUUAGCCAUGAACUGUGUUCAAUUAGUUAGCCACAUUAGCUGUGAAGCUCCAGUGCAAAACUAUAGAAGAACAAUGAGGAAAACAAACUGACAAACAAGCUGAUUGACUACAUCUGGGCUAAGGGAGGAAAACUGUACAUUUUUGCUACUUGCUCGCUAAACUCUAGCCUUCACACAUGCUAAACCAUCUCCACACCCUUGUUUAAGAUAAACAGUGGUCAGAGUUGAGUGGUCAGCAGGACUGGAGACGCACUCUGACUCCUCUGGUUCAAGGCUCUGAAGAUUCCACGCCAUCUCCAUAAACCUUUGCACUUUUCAGCGCCGCCUUACGAGGAGGUCAUCCUCUCCUGUCUUACUUCAGCCAUACCGGGAUCAGUUCUCAGCUCAGCCUGUGUCCACUGAAGAGUGUCUGAGAGCUGCUUUUUGCUGACUGUGUCCAGAUCUUAUGACCAGCUGUUGAACUAUUGGAUGUUUGGAGGCUAAAUCCAUUGAAAAAAGCCUGGACUAUGGUAUGCAUGCUCGGCAUUAUCACAGUUAGAUUAUGUCUUAUUUAUUUUCCAUUAUGGACUACUUUCCUAUAAUUAGGGAUGGGAUGGGAUGAAAAUUUCACAAUAUCAGUGACCAUAAUGAUAUUUUUCAAUACUAUUAUAUUGUAUUGAUGAGUUCUUGUAUUUUUAUAGUAACAUCAAAAAUGAACCAUUAUUGAAAUUAAUAUAAAAGUGAUCACUAUUAUUGUUUAGAUUAUAACUCUAUAUAAUGUGUGUUGUCCUUGGACUUAUAUGGGUUUUAUACUGCGGUACAGUUAUAUGCAAGAGUUUGGGUGCCCCUGUUCAAAUGACGUUUUGUUGAUUUUCUAAGUGAAAGUAAGUUAACACAGCUGGCAUGUUGAAUUGGGGACCUUCCUGGCCAGAGUGUUGCGGAGAUUAGCGUUCACCUUCAUCUAAAACUCUGAAUUCAGUUAAUGAAGGCCUUGCUAAUUAGCUGAUGAUCUGAAUCAGGUGUUCUUAAUGAGGCUGAAGUCUGCAGUGUUUUGGCCCGCGAGGACUGGAGCCUGACACGUGCUCUACAGAGAACACACUUCUGCACAAUUUAAUGCACUAUUACUGUGCAGGGGAAAAAAAUAAAACAUCACUCGUAUGAGUCAUUCUAAUUCAGUCUAAUUCAAUGUUGGGCUUUAUAUUGAUUUGCAAUUUAGACUAAAAUCAUUUUGCUUUGAGUGGUCCUAUACUUUAUUUAUGUUUAUUUACUGAAAAUAAAUGAUAAAAUGUUCACUAUAGCGCUACCAGAUCAUGCCAAAUUUGCCACUGUCAGUUGUCACACUGACAAAACGUCAGCAAAUGUUUCAGUAGUGACAAUUUUAGCUAAUUUUGAGAGGAAAAAAUGCUAGCUGGUACUCUACUAGCAAGAUUUUGAACACAUAAGAUUCUGAUAUUUUUGAUAUAUGAUAUUUAAAACAAAAAAUAGUUACUUAAUUGCAGAAAAUGUGUGUUUCGGUAGUGACCGUUCUUAAUUAUUAAUAUUACACACUGAUUUUCAGACUUUAGGACACACUUACUUCAAAACA